UUUUUGAAAAAUUGAAAAUUGAAAAAUGAAAAAAAACGACUCAUCUUCUCUACAUUAGCAAGUGUGUGAAUACCAUCAUCAUUAUGAUGAUGAUGAUGAUAAUGAUGUUUCAUGGAUUGAGAAAAUGAAGCUACACGUUUGUUGACGAAAUAUGUGUCUCUCUCUCACUCUCUCUCUCACACACACACACACUCUACAGUUUCAACAAAAUUCGGUAAUAAUUUUUUUUGUUGGAAAAAAGGGAAAAUAUCGUCUUUUUCUACCAUAUAUAAACUGGAUGAUCAAUGCACGAUCGGUCAUCAUCAUCAUCAUCAUCAUCAUCGUCAUCAUUCGAUCAUUUUAUUCGACGAUCACAAAUCGACUUAUUCAGAAUUGAAAAGUUUGAAAUUCUUCAUUUUUUGUUUCUGUGACUAAUAUCUUGACAUAAAUCGAACAAUCAUGUUCAAAUAUAUUGUUGCCAUUUCAUCCAUGAUUGUUUGCUCUAUGGCUGGAGGAUAUGGUGGUGGCGGUUCUUCUUCUUAUGGGGGUGGAAUGAGUAGUCGUGGUAGUUCUUAUGGUGGUGGUGGCGGUGGUGGAGGUUAUGGUGGUGGUGGAGGUUUUGGUGCCGGUGGUAUGGGUGUUAUCCAGGCUGCAAUUCAAUCCAGACAUAAUGUACAAUUCUAUGAUGUUCCAUCAUCCGGAAUGAUUAAUCCAACUACGAUCGAAGUUGGUGCACAAGCCAUACCUGUGAAUAUGAUAUUUCGAUCAGCAUCAUCGAAUCUAAAUGUACAACAAAUGCAUCAAGGUGCAGCCGGUUCUCAACAAGAAUCACAAUCAGAAGAUGAGCCACAUAUAUUGCGUCAUACGGUGAAAAAACCGAUUUAUCAAAUGGUCAAUGAGAUCAUUACACCAUAUCGCAAAAUUACACAGGAAGUUAAACCUGUACAAGAAGAUAUCCAAACAAUUAUUGCACGAAUGUCCGGCGGUGGUUACGGCGGUGGUGGUGCUGGUGGAAUGUCCGGCGGUGGUUACGGUGGCGGUAUGUCACUUGGUGGUGGUGGUGGUUAUGGAGGUAGUAGUGGUGGUGGACGAAAAGGUGGCUAUUAAAUGAUUGAUCUUAAUCAUUAAUUCCAAAACAAAAAACAAAAAAAAAAGAAAAAAAUAGAUUCGAAUUGAAUUUCGUUUC